UGAAUAACCGUUGGUAAACAGCUCAAUAUCAAACCAAACGAUCUCUGCAAUUCUACAUUUUCUCCUUCACUCUGUCUUUUUAUCUUUUUUGCCUCUCUUUUACAAUUUACUUUGUCACUUUGACAAAACCACAUUGUCUCUUGUAUACUGUUGUCUACCAAAUGAUUGUUCAACAUAUUCAUUUCAAUCACUUUCGUCAGCUAAUCGUCAGUUGAAAAAUAUAAACAUCAUCUUGUUUCAUUAAUGUUUAUAAGGAUUGUUAACUUGAUUCGGGCUUCAUUCUGUUACCCAUAAUCUUGUGAAUUUGCCAAACCUUAACAUUUCUUCAACCAUUGUGAUCCAGAAGGUGUUUCCAUUAUAGACAACCUAAAAUUGUUGUUUACUCGUCUAUCGGUGUAUUUGGUCCUCUUUCGGAUGUCAGAUCGGAUCAAAAAGCUAGCAAACGCUUAAGGAGUUUCACUGUUAACACCAACAUUAAGAGUAACAGUUAUCAUUUAGUCAUCACCAACAGAAAGGCAACACCAUAAAUUAUAAUCUCUUUUCCUCGUCAGUCUUUACUUUCUUCUGACAGUCUAUCUGCAAUCAUCACCAACCACUCAAAUACUCAAACCUCACCAAGCUGUUUUUUGUAAAGAUGAUCUGAAACUGAAAUAUCAUUAACGCUAUUAUCAUUCACAUUUAAAGGCGGUUUGAAUCUUUCACAGCAAUCACAAUCAACAUCUCCACUCUCAGCAUCAUCAUUAUCACCAACACUCGUUUACUUUCCUUAUAUUUGUCUCUCACUCUCACUCACUCACUUUGUACUAAUAUUUCAUCGGAAAUCAAACUGUGUUUCUCCUCGUAAUUGUAUUGUUUAAAUCAAUACUGUCCAAGUAACCUAAAGAAAGAUUUAAUUGCCAAAUCCACCAUUAAAACUCGCACCAAGUCAAUUGAUCAUUAAACUUCAAGCAUCAAGUACUACCUUGCCCUUGACUACUGACUACCACUUCUCUACCUCAAGAUACACAACAAGUACACUUCCACCGAUUUCCCUCUCAUUGUUACUGGGAUCUCUUCUUUGUCCAAUGAUGAUAAAAAUGUUCAACUCAUUCAUACUCCAUUUAUAUACAUCAUUUAGGCCUCAGUCUGUGUAGUUUUUUAUACAUCACCAAUAGUCGGUAGUACAGCUGCAUGGCUGGUAUGGAAUACAUCUCGAAGGAAUUGUCAACUAUAAACAUCUGAAUCCGUCCUUACCAUCAUAAAGCCUAUGGUCAAACACCAAUAAUCCCUUUGAAGCCGUUCAGCACUUCAAUAAAUAACCGUUCAGCACCGGGAAUAGGUGAUUUUUGCAUCAACAGUUUGACCGAUGUCGACCGAAGCAUCUAUAAAUCUCCCUGAGGACAAUUCUGCAACCUCUGAAACUCGGAUUGAGUUGAGCUCAGAAGUAUCCACGCCAACCUCAUCUACAACCCUUCAAGCUCUUUCAGAGAGAGAAAUUAAACAAUGUUGGGUAUGUCUCCAGACUGAGGAUGAAAAAGGUGCUGAUAAUGAUUGGGUCCGACCAUGCCGGUGUAGAGGUUCCUCAAAAUAUGUACACCAGUCUUGUAUUCAAAUGUGGAUUGACGAAAAAAAGAAAUUCAAUUCAAAUGCUAAAGUAGUUUGUCCUCAGUGCCAAACUGAGUAUAUCUUAAUUUUUCCUCCUUUCAGUGGGUUUGUUUUAAUUUUGGAACGUUAUGAUGGAUUUUUGCUACAUGCAGCUCCAUAUGCUUUUGGUACCAUGUUACUUGGUUCCGUAUACUGGGUUGCCUUAUCAUACGGGGCUAUUACCGUUCUGCAGGUCAUGGGACUCCAAGAAGGAAAAACAACAUUAGAACAAGCAGACCCUUUCACGUUAUUAGCUUUUUUGCCAAGCAUACCUUUAUUUUUGGUGUUAGGUCGUUUCAUUAGCUGGCAAGAUCAAGUUCUUAAGAUUUGGCGUAGACAUCAUCGCCACAUUCCUUUUCUUAGUCGUAUUUUGGGCUCACCACCUCCUGGAACAGUUGUAAGAGCUGAACGUAUGCUUAACCAUCGUGAUCUUUUCUCUCACCCUUUAUAUUGGUACCGACAAGUUAGUGGAGCUUUACUCCUUCCUACUGUUUCCUCUUUCAUUGGUAAAUAUUUAUUCCCCGGAAUUGCAUCAAAUUUACAGCGCACAAUGCUCGGUGGCUUAACCUUCGUAGUCGCCAAGGGACUUCUCAAAAUUUAUCUACGACAACAGAGAUACAUCCAACAAUCUAAUCGAAGUAUCCUCGAUUAUUUUGAAAACUCUUCUUCGGCAACAAUAAUCAACAACUCAACCCAAACUGAAGUCAAUGAUGAUAAUUUGUAUUGAGGAAAAAUUUUGCGCGAUUUUGUAAAUUUCUGAAAAUAAAGGAAAAUAAAUCAAUCUAUCUUCCUUCACAAGCUCA